GAUGAAAAUAUUAACCAAGAUAAGAUUAACCUCGCUACAUUGAUCGUAUAGUACUGCUGCGACGCUAUCUAGUUUCUGAGAAGACCAAACCCUUUACGGAUUGGAUCAGCAUGUUUCAUCAAUGGCAGCAGCAUGAUCCUGAGCAGCGGCCCCGUGUGGCGAGAACACGGACAGGGUGUCUUACUUGCCGGCGGAGAAAAGUCCGUUGCAAUGAAGUCCAUCCAAAGUGUGGACAUUGCUCGCGAUUACAUCUGUCAUGCAACUGGCCCCCGGACUCCUCUUUCAUUAUACCUGGGACUAUCAAAGUCUCAAAGACGAAGUCGAAGUCGAGGCAAGAUAGUCGAGAGAAGCGACUUUCACAGCAACAACCACAAGCGAAAUCGAAAUCACAGUCGCCCCUACAGAAACAACAAAGGCUGUCACUGGUGCAAGAGCAAGUAGAGCAGCCAUCCUCAUUCAGACAGCAGCUAUUGGAGCAUUCAGACACACAGACACAGCUUCUUCCAGAAGCUGAUUUCAGUGAAAUAUUCAACUAUGCGAGUUUUCUUUGGGAUAAUGAUUCUCCUACAAUCUCCUUCCCUACGGGUUCAUCACCCUUGGACAGCUUGCACACCCCGCACGAUCAGCUGCAAUUAGUCAUGCCUUUAGCUGACUCUGACGCUAUGAGAAGGACAACUUCGACGGCUGGUCCACCUUUAUUCGUGAGCGAUAGAUGGGUCAGUGAUAAUGGGAACUUCAUACCUGGGGCCUCUGGCGUAAAUGUCAACGAGUCCGAGUUAUCAGACUUCUUCGCCCGGUCUACCGCACCGCCAAUUCUAGCACCGUUGGAGACAAAUUCCCGAUGGUCUCGGAUGAGGAAAAUGUUGAUCUAUAUGGGGAAAAAGUCGCAGAUGGUUAAGAAUGCUGUCAUGGCCUUUGCUGCUCUGCAAUUCGAGUCGCCGCGCUCAGGAUGUAGGACCAUACAUACGCAAUACUAUUCUUAUUCCAGGGACAUGCUCACGAAGAUCCUUGCUGAUGUCUCCAUCGAUCAGAAGCUUCUUGCAGCUGAACUCCGGCACAUAUUGGCUACAGUAUUUCUGCUGACUUAUAUUGAUCUUCUGGAUGAUGAUGUGCUCAAGGCACAUGGCAACCUACGGGAUGCCUUUCAUGUCAUCCAGCGAGUUCGAUAUGAAGAUCUUAGCCUGACAGAGAAAUGCUUACUGUCCUGGUUGCGACUCCUCGAUGGGCGUGCCGUGAGUGCUGGGGGAGAGGGACUUUUUCUAGAUGAAGACGAUAAUAAUAUACCCCCGGAUAUGGAAUCACCUCCAGACACUGUUGAUGGCGGUUUAGAAAACCCAGAGACUAUUCUCGAAGAGGUUCUUACGCGCCCGGCUUCGUCAUUCUUCCAAAAAGUACAAUCGUUCAUGGGUCGCAUAUCAAGAAUCGACCCGUGGCACCGUUCUCGAGGCACUGUGGACGAUGAGACCGAGGUCAUGAUCAUUGCUCAAAAGAUAAGCAAGGACAUCAAGGCUCUUUGGCAUCAACGACCGGCACUCAUGGACCAUGCCAUUGCAUGCAAAUUAGUGCCGCCGUUACUUUCUCCAUCAUUGACCAACACAUUAUCAAGGGCGCUGAUGGUAUGUUAUGCCAAUUAUCACGCAUGCUUCGUUCAUUUGCAUCGCGUUGCAUAUAAGACUCUCCCACGAACACCAGACCUUGAAACAGCCCUUUGCGCCAUCCAGCAGGUCACUGAGAAUCUAAUGCGCACACCCAUCGAUACUACAGGUGCGGCGACAACGAACUCAAUCGAGGCCGUCUCCAACUUCACCUCCGACCCUUCCCCUUUACCAAUAAACAUGCUCUGGCCUCUCUUGAUGCUUGGGGUAGAAUCAGAUGAUGCACACCAACGAGCAUGGGUCAUCGCCGCAAUGAAAAGCAUGGAAAGUAUCGUUUCCAAUGCCGGGAUUACAGCUGAUGUUUUGGAAGAGGUGAUAAGACGACAGGAUGAGGCCGGGCAGAGGAUGGAUAUUCGACAGGUCAUGUAUGACACUUUUACGAGGGCUUUUGCCAUUGUGUAA